AUGUCUGACUCUAGUCGCGGCUCAGGCAACCAGACGGGCGGACAGGGCAGCUCUCCGGGGCAGACAAGUUCUCCGUCAUCGCCGCCGCCGAACACAACAUCUAGUCCACAGUCAUCUACAUCGUCGCCGCCUCCGACGACAUCCUCUAGUCCACCUCCGCCACCCCCGACAACUAGUUCGUCAACCUCACCUCCGCCAACCACAUCAACAUCGACAAGUCCUUCUUCGACGUCGUCAACACCGAGUUCUACCACUCCGCCAACAACCUCAGCUCCUCCGCCCACAACAUCUACCACGGUCGUUACUGUUACACCUACAAAUUCAGUUACAACCACCGAGGUCGUCGUCUCCACGACAAUACCAACUGGCACGACACCAACCACUUCGGCAAAGUCAUCAACGUCAACGACCGCUACUCCUAUUAACCCUGGUGGCGAUGGAAACGGCAGCGGUCUGAGCCAGCCUGCCAAGGUUGCCAUUGGAGUUGUUGUGCCCAUUGCUGCUAUUGCCAUACUGGCCCUUGUUGGUUUGUUCUGGUGGCGAAAAAGACGGGCUCGACAAGAAUCUGAAGAGGAACGCCGCAAGGAGGUGGAGGACUACGCUUACAAUCCAAACGCUGAUCCUACGAUACCGGCUGUUGGACUUGGUUCGGAUGCAUACGAAAUGCGUGAGGAGGGAGGCUCGGGAUAUCGUGGCUGGGGAUCGACUACUGCUGCUGGUUCCAUGGGUCGCAAGGCGUCUACGACAAUGUCUGGCGGCAUGACUGCCGGUACCUUCUCAGAGGGCGGACACACUCGGGGCAAUCUCUCGGAAACCAAGACCGACCCAACUCUGGAAGGAUCGUCCUCUCCUGAUGGCGAAAUCCUAGGUGCCAUGGGCCCAUCGGCCGCAAACAAUCGUGGUGGUGACGUUCGCCGUGGCCCAUCGAAUGCAUCGUCCUCCUAUAGUGCCACAGGUCGAUCUGAGGGCUCUGACGGCGGCAUGUACGCCAAUGGCGGCGCUUACUAUGAUCAAUACGGCCAGAACCCGUAUGGCGACCAGAGAGCUCAGGAGCUCGGCGGCCAGGCCGUCAUAAGGGAUAACCCGGCGCGACGCAACACUCGUAUUGAGAAUCCAUCACAUUUCCCUCAGCAAAGCGCGGGUAUUGCCCAGAAUUUCUGA